AUGCCGCAGAAGUUUUAUGUCACCUACAAUCAGGUACACAAAUUGUGCCAAACAUCUGCUGACCAGAUUCUGAAUGCCUUCCACCCUAACCUCAUGAUCGCUAUCGGCGGCGGUGGCUACGUCCCGGCUCGAAUUCUGCGUUCCUUCCUCAAACGCUCUGGCGAGCCCAAUAUCCCAAUUCAGGCCAUCGGUUUAUCGCUCUAUGAGGACCUCGGUCGCGGUGACCCAGAAGAGGUUCCUGGUACUAAGGUCACUCGGACUCAAUGGCUGGAUCUAAGCUCCCUGGAAAUGGCAAACCUCAUUGGCAAGAACAUUCUCAUCGUUGAUGAAGUUGAUGACACCCGGACGACACUGGAGUAUGCCGUUCGCGAGCUUGAAAAAGACGUGGAACUGGCCCAGAAGCAGCUUGGGAGAGAGGGCGAGAAGACGAAUUUCUUUGUAUUCGUUCUUCACAACAAAAACAAGUCAAAGAAGGGUGUGCUGCCUGCUGAUAUGAUGGAAUCGCAUCGGUAUCAUGCUGCAGUUACAACUGAAGAUGUUUGGAUUUGUUAUCCAUGGGAGGCCAAGGAUAUUGAUGAACACGAUCAAUUGGCCGAGAAAAACCCAAUCAUCUGAAGCGCCAGGGACCCAUGACUAAAUUAACCCAUUUCGCUCUUCGUCGCCCUUCUAAAACCAUGGGUUUUGGGGACCCCAACUACGCUCGCCCACAUUUCUUCUAAUUGCUUUGCACAUAUAUUAUUUCCAUUUUCUUUUCAUGUUCUUUUUGUUUUAAACUUGACAGGGCUAUACUGGACAUGCCGCUUUACGAACGAAUGGUGUUUUUUUCUCUCUCUCUUUGUAUUCGGUGAUAAAUUAUAGAUAAAGAAAUGACUUGGUUCUAUUUAGAACAGACUCACGAGUUAUG